AGUGAGGGUAUUUUUGAAAUUCAAUAAAUAAAAUGGAUAAGAAGUUUAUAAUUGUCUCCUUAGAAGGAAAUGUAGGUGCAGGCAAAUCAACCUUAUUUGAGAUUUUGAGACAAGAAUUCCCUAAGGCUAUUUUCCUAAUGGAGCCUUUGGAAUAAUGGUAAAAAGUGCAUGGUAACCCUAAUCUUAACAUUCUGGAGAAGUACUAUUCAGAUAUUCAACGUUGGGGUUUUACAUUUUAAAUUUAUGCUUACUAAUCAAGAUUAAUGGCUUGGGACAGAUAAUUAAGAGCAGUAUUAAAAGAACAAAAAUUACAACAGAUUGACAAUCAAUUUUCUUCUCCAUCUACAAAUGCUGAUGAUGAACCCAUCCUUGUGUUUACAGAGAGAAGUAUUGAGAGUGCAAGGGAAUUAUUUUUCAAAUUGUGUUAUAAUGAUGGAACAAUAAAUGAACUUGAAUAUCACAUUUAUGAAGAGUUUUAUGAGUGGCUCAUGGAACACUAUAAGCAAUAUUUAGUGGAUUGUGUUAUUUAUGUUAAUACUCCUCCUGAAACAUGUUUAGAACGUCUAACACGUAGAGGUAGAUAAGAAGAAGCAUGUGUGCCAUUAGAUUAUUUGAGAAAGUUACACUAAAGACAUGAAGAUUGGCUUUCUGAUACUAAUAAUAAAUUCAAAAUUAUUAAUAUUGAUGCUACCAAAAACUACGUCAAGGAUUUAGAUAUAAAAGAAGCUGUUCGUAGAUAAUUAAUUGAUGAAAUAUCCACUUUGAUUGAUUGAUUG